AUGACAACGCCACGCACGGCUGUGUCUGGCACGGCCAACAGCAACAAGGAGAAUGUGCCUCGCGGACGUGUAGGCAAGCCGGCCGAUGCACUGCACAAGCCGUUCCGCUGUCCGGGAUCAGCGACGAUGCGGGCGGCGGCCGAGCGGCCGACACGCAAGCGCAAGCGGGUGGACUACAAGGGAGCAGACGGCAGCGAGGACGCGGACAAGCCGUACACGAACGCGGACCGGCUGGCGCUGACGACGCGCGAAGCCAACAAGUUCCCAGUGUUCCGGGUUUUGGACAAGGAGCAGGCGUUCCGCAAGUCGUUUGUGGUGCCGCUGGCCAACAAGAACAGUGCGGCGUACAACCCGAGCCGGCCGCCGCCGGCGCUGGGGAUGCGGCAGGGCCGGGCGUUUGUGGCCAAGCCGCUGCACGACCCUAGCGGCGAGUUUGCGAUUGUGCUGUACGAUCCGACGAUCGAUGACCGGCCGAAAGAGGGGGCGGAAGCCGGGACAGCAGAGGCAGAAGCCACGCAGGUGGUGGCAGCACCGGAGACCCCCUUGGUGCACAAGAGCCUGGCAGAGAUCCUGGGGAUCCAGAAAAAGGUGGAGGGCGAGCGGCCACGGGUGCCGGUCGUGAUUGAUCCGCGGCUGGCCAAGGUGCUACGGCCGCACCAGAUCGAGGGGGUGCGGUUCAUGUACCGGUGCGUGACGGGGAUGAUCGACGCCAAGGCCAACGGCUGCAUCAUGGCGGACGAGAUGGGCCUGGGCAAGACGCUGCAGUGCAUCACGCUGCUGUGGACGCUGCUAAAGCAGUCGCCGGAAGCAGGCCGGCCGAGCAUCCAGAAGGCGAUCGUGGCGUGUCCGUCGAGCCUGGUGCGCAACUGGGCCAAUGAGCUGGUCAAGUGGCUGGGCGCAGACGCGAUCACGCCGUUUGCCAUUGACGGCAAGGCGUCCAAGGAGGAUCUGACACGACAGCUGCGGCAGUGGGCAAUUGCGAGCGGGCGGGCAGUGACGCGGCCGGUGAUUAUUGUCUCGUACGAGACGCUGCGGCUUAACGUGGAGGAGCUCAAGCACACCAAGAUCGGGCUGAUGCUCUGCGAUGAGGGCCACCGGCUCAAGAACGGCGACAGUCAGACGUUCAGCGCGCUCAACAACCUACAGGUGUCGCGACGGGUCAUCCUCUCGGGCACGCCGAUCCAGAACGACCUGUCCGAGUACUUUGCGUUGAUCAGCUUUGCGAACCCGGACCUGCUCGGCAGCCGGCUCGAGUUCCGGCGUCGGUUCGAGCUGCCGAUCUUGCGCGGCCGCGAUGCCGAUGCCGGACCAGACGAGCGCAAAAAGGGCGACGCCUGUCUGGCCGAGCUGCUGGCGGUGGUCAACAAGUUCAUCAUCCGGCGGACCAACGACAUCCUGUCCAAGUACCUGCCGGUCAAGUACGAGCACGUGGUAUUUUGCAACCUGGCGCCGUUCCAGCUGGACCUGUACAACUACUUCAUCACGUCGCCAGACAUCCAGGCGCUGCUGCGCGGCAAGGGCAGCCAGCCGCUCAAGGCGAUCAACAUCCUGAAGAAGCUGUGCAACCACCCGGAUCUGCUGAACCUGGCGGAUGACCUGCCGGGGUCGGAGCGGUGCUGUCCGGACGACUACGUGGCCAAGGAGGCGCGCGGGCGCGACCGCGAGGUGAAGCCGUGGUACAGCGGCAAGAUGAUGGUGCUGGAGCGGAUGUUGGCGCGAAUCCGUGCCGAGACCAACGACAAGAUCGUGCUCAUCUCCAACUACACGUCGACGUUGGACCUGUUUGAGCGUCUGUGCCGCAACCGGGCGUACGGCUGUCUGCGGCUGGACGGCACGAUGAACGUGAGCAAGCGGCAGAAGCUGGUGGACCGGUUCAACGACCCCGACGGCAGCGAGUUCAUUUUUUUGUUGUCGUCCAAGGCCGGUGGCUGCGGGCUCAACCUGAUCGGGGCGAACCGGCUGGUGCUCUUCGACCCGGACUGGAACCCGGCGGCGGACCAGCAAGCGCUCGCGCGUGUGUGGCGUGACGGCCAGAAGAAGGACUGCUUCGUGUACCGGUUCAUCGCGACCGGCACGAUCGAGGAGAAGAUUUUUCAGCGGCAGAGCCACAAGCAGUCGCUGUCGACGUGUGUGGUGGACGCGGCGGCCGGCGACGACGUCGAGCGCCACUUUAGCCUCGACAGCCUCAAGGAGCUCUUCCAGUUCCGCGGCGCCGGGACCACGCGCAGCGACACACACGACACGUUCAAGUGCAAGCGCUGUCGGCCGGACGGACGGCAGAUCCUCAAGGCGCCGGCGAUGCUGUACGGCGACACGAGCACGUGGAACCACAUGACCGGCGACGGCCUCAAGGCAAUCCAGGACCUGCUGUUGCGGCAGGAGGCGGACGAGGCUGAGGUGUCGGCUGUAUUCCAGUAUAUAUCACAUUAA